GAUAUUUUUUGCAAUCUUAUUCGCGUUAUAAAUAGCAAGCUCCAACAAUUAAGACGAUUCAAUCGUUCAACAACAUUUUCCACCGCAGGACAACCUAUUGCAAAUAGUCAAGAUGAACAGUCUUUUCGUUAUCUCGUGUAUUUUGCUAGCCGCGUCAAUGGUUCGCGCGGAUAUCGUCGAUGCCUACUUGGAAAAGUACAGGGAACAAUUUGUAACGUGCGCCAAAGAAAAUGGUCUUACCGAACAAAAUCCACGAGAUGCAUUCGAUAACGACGCAAAGGCAGGACUCGAAGGAGCUUCGUGUCUUCGUGCAUGCACGUUAAAAGCAAUGGGCGCGUUGAAAGACUCGAAACUGGACUUGGUACCGGCCAUCCAGUUUAUCGAAACCAUUUUUCCCGAAGAUCCGCAAAUGGUUCAAGGCUCCAAAAAAGUGUUGGAAGAAUGUGCCGAAAAAGUUAAAGGCACAUCGGACGAGUGCAAAAUGGCCUAUUCGUUCAUCGAAUGUUUCCUAGAUAAACAAUAGCUUCGACAAUAAAAAUGAUUGGAUAACAACGGAAACGUAAAAAGAUCAAAUCUAAUGAUUUAACGAUGUAGAUUUAGCGGCAAGAGGUGCGGGAAUAUUAAAUGACCGUCAAUUGAUAAUCGUCUGUGCGUGCGUGUAUUAUGUAUGUAUGUAUAUUAUUAUUCAUCGAAACCUUGUAUCGUACUGGAACUUUGUUCACCACCACAGUACAUUCUAUUCUCUUUAUUAUAUAAUACAUGAUAUAUGCAACUAAA